UCUUACUCUCUCCCCAAACCCUACAUUUCUCCCCCCUCACAAACCACUCCUCUCUCCUCUCUCCUCCGCCAUUACCACCAUCACCGCACCACCACCACAACCUCAACCUCCCUCUCUCUCUCUCUACCCCAAGUUUCUCUAUCUAGAAACUUCUCCUCCUCGCAGACGCCGGACCAGAUCGCCCACUCUCUCUCAUUGGAGCUCCUCAAGGACCCCGACUCCGAGCCUCUCCCGAUCGCCGAGCGCCUCAAGCUCUGCUUCUCUCACGUCUCUCCCACCCCAGCCCUAGUCCUCGACGGUCUCAAUCUCUCCCCGGACGCCGGCCGUACGGUCCUAGGAUUCAACGACUGGCUCGUCUCCAGCCCUAAUUUCGCUCACUCCGAUGAAACGAUCUCUUUCUUCGUCGACUACCUUGGCCGGAGGAAGGAUUUCAAGGCGGUCCACGACGUGAUUGCGGCGAAUUCCGGAGUGUCGGGGCCGAAAACACUAGCCGCCGCCGUCGACCGUCUUGUUCGUGCCGGUCGGCCGACGCAGACGGUGGCGUUCUUUGAGAGGAUGGAGAGGGACUACGGGCUGAAGCGGGACAGGGAAUCGCUCACUGUCGUCGUCGAGAAGCUCUGCGAGAACGGCUUCGCGAGCUACGCGGAGAAGAUGGUGAAGAGCUUGGCGAACGAGAUUUUUCCCGGCGAGAGAAUUUGUGAUUUGCUGAUCAUAGGAUGGUGCGUCGAUGGGAAGCUUGAUGAAGCGAAUCGAUUGGCCGGAGAGAUGUACAGAGGAGGAUUCGAGCUCGGAACAAUGGCGUUCAACGCGAUUCUCGAUUGCGUAUGUAAGCUCUGCCGGAAAAAGGAUCCUUUUCGGCUACAAUCGGAGGCCGAGAAUGUGUUGGUGGACAUGGAUACUUAUGGAGUUCCGAGAAAUGUGGAGACUUUCAAUGUGUUGAUCAACAAUUUGUGUAAGAUUAGGAAGACUGAGGAAGCCUUGAAGGUGUUUGAGAGAAUGGGAGAGUGGGGAUGUUAUCCGAAUGAGGAAACGUUUCUUGUUUUGAUCAGGAGUUUGUACCAGGCGGCGAGGGUUGGAGAAGGCGAUGAAAUGAUUGAUAGGAUGAAAUCCGCGGGUUAUGGCGAUAAGCUUGAUAAGAAGGCUUAUUAUGGCUUCUUGAAGAUCUUGUGCGGGAUCGAGAGGAUCGAUCACGCGCUGAGCGUUUUCCAGAAGAUGAAGAAAGACGGGUGUGAGCCGGGGGUCAAGACUUACGAGCUUUUGAUGGAAAAGUUGUGUGCUCAUAACCGAGUUGAUAAGGCCAAUGCCCUUUUCAAUGGGGCUAAGAAACGAGGCGUUCCGGUGACGCAAAAGGAGUAUCCCGUGGACCCUAGGUACUUGAAGAAGAAAGUUAAGGCUGUGAAGAAGGAGAAGAAGAGGGAGACGCUGCCGGAGAAGAUGGCCAGGAAGAGGAGGCGCCUCAAGCAGAUUCGAUUGAGUUUCGUGAAGAAACCGAAGAAAAUGACGCGCCGAGCAUAUUGAUCCGAGUGAAAGGGUAUGAUUGGGUUAUUUAUUGAAGUUUUGACUUCAAUUGAAUUUUGAUCAACUUGUUUUUUGAUGAUAUGUAACCUUUAUGUGUUUCUUCUUGUUUUCUAGUAUUGGUUAUUAGUAAUUAGAAGUAAAAUUACUUCACCAAGUCCAACAGAGAAACCAAAGAAAAUAAAGUGA